GCCGUUUCCCUCCAUGGUUUCUGCUCUCCCAGAGUAACUUGGCGCUGGGCUCAGAUCAUUAUACAGUCCCAUAUUCUCCCUCCAUUAAGGCAUCUUUCUACCUUUUGGGCUGAACAGAAAUACCUCCAGAACCCAAGAGGGAAGAGUCCAACUUUUGAGGGACGAAAUGGACAUGAAAAAGAGGAUUCAUUUGGAGCUGAGGAACAGGACACCAUCUGAUGUACGAGAACUUGUCCUCGACAACUGCAGAUCUAAUGAAGGGAAAAUUGAAGGCCUUACAGCAGAAUUUGUAAAUCUUGAAUUUCUAAGUUUGAUAAAUGUUGGUCUGCUCUCAGUAUCCAACCUUCCUAAACUCGGAAAACUUAAAAAGUUGGAACUCAGCGACAACAGAAUCUCUGGUGGCCUUGACGUUUUAGCUGAAAAACUCCCCAAUCUCACACAUCUAAACUUAAGCGGCAACAAACUGAAAGACAUCAGCACAUUGGAACCAUUGAAAAAACUGGACCAUCUGAAGAGUCUUGACCUUUUCAAUUGUGAAGUCACAAACCUGAACGACUACCGGGAAAGCGUUUUUAAGCUCCUUCCACAGCUCACGUAUCUGGACGGCUACGAUCUGGAUGACCGAGAGGCAUCUGACUCUGACGGAGAGGUCGAUGGUGUGGACGACGACGAUGACGAGGAAGGAGAAGAUGAGGACGAGGAGGAUGGAGAGGAGGAGGAUUUUGACGAAGAGGAAGAUGAGGAUGAUGAUGAAGAUGAGGUUGAAGGAGAGGAGGAUGACGAGGAUGGUAGUGGAGAGGAUGAGGAGGAAGACUUUGGUCAGGAUGGAGAAGUAGAAGAUGAUGAAGAGGAUGAUGAUGACGACGAUGAUGAAGAAGAAGAGCAAGGAGCAAAGGGUGAGAAGAGAAAACGAGAAGCAGAUGAUGAAGACGACGAGGAUGAUGAGGAGGAUGAUUAAGAGCCAAUGAACAACUCUGUUACCAACCCUUCCCUGUCCUUUUUUUUUUCCACCAACUCUGCUGUCCCAUCAACUUUCCUACCCCUCCACGACUCCCCCAUUACCCAAGCAAAAGCUAAGCUCCCUGUGGGGGCAAGACUGUACCGGACGGGUGGAGCUGUUCAUAUGGAGCCUACGAGCUGAAAGAAAGCCUUCUGGAUCACUGGCUUUCUCAGCAUUCCACAAGUCCACUGUCAAUCCCCUGCCCGUUUGUGUUUCCAAACCUCUGGGGACUUUGGGGACUGCUAUUUAGUUUUGGGUCUGUGCUUUUAAUAUUUUGUUGAAAGUGUUUUUUUCCUCUUCUUUUUUCUUUUGUUGAUCUUUUCCUACCCAUUUAGUUUUUGUUCCAAAUUUCCCAGAUUGCUAUAGCAACUGUGUGACAAGCGGGCCAUCAUUUUAGUGUGGCAGCCUGUGGCACAAAUCAAGGUUGUAGCUACAUUUUUACUUUCUGUAAGACAAAAACUUUGUAAAUAAAAUAACAUUUUGUGCUUUG